AUGGAAGACGUUCAAGCCACCGCAAAAUGGGCAAACCGCAUGCUGCGACCCUUGACCUCUAUCUACCGCCGGCUCGAGAAGCACCAGGAGACGCUUUCAAUCAUCGCAGCGGAAUCGAGGGCACGCGAACCACCAAAAGGAUCCAAUGCGCACGCCCCGAGUACGACUCAAUCCGCGAGCGCCCAGGACAUCGGCUCUGGAUCGGAUGCGGAUGAAAACGACCCGGUCUGGAUCCCAGGGAAGAAGCCUGCACAACGGCGGGUCAGGCGUAAAUACUCGUCGCGUGGAGAAGACCAUUGCGGAAGAAGACGGAACAGGCUGUCCAUGCACAGCCCGGAAGCACCGCGCACACUGCCCGGCGCAAUCGAGGUCGCAACACCCCUGAUCACGGGCAAAAGAUGGGAGCCGCCUUCGAGUGCCCGGUCGCAACUCUCGGCCCAGAAAACCAAGACUAUCCACUCUGAGAUACAGCUGAAAGCGUUCCGCGAUCGAUACCCGCUUCACAAAAGCCCUUGGCAGGAGCUGCUCAAUCAGUCUGGCGACUCGGGCUUCGCCGAUAUCGCGCACAACCUCGACCGUGUUCUCCAGAACUUUCUGCACAACACUCGGAUUCCCAAGCGCGAUGCGAGUCACUCAUCCCCGAAGCCCAGCCUUGGCGCACGCUCUCUAGUCUCGAUGAUGGUGCGACGUCUGCCGGAGUUUAUUGCGAGCGAGCAGGAGACACAGGACGAGAUGGACGAGAAUGGAGGUGAGGAUAUGUGCGAUGCAUAUUUUACUGAGUUGGAGGCAUUUUAUGCGCCUCACGGAAGAGGAUGGAGACCACUUCGUGAGGCCGUUCGAGCACAGGGUAUCUACUUGGUCGCAACGAUGAUACAGAAUCAAUGGGUUCCCGAUGCAGUCGCCUGCGCCUUGAUUGAAAAGUGCCGAUAUCACGAAACUGACGCGUGUGAAUCGCUACUUGCGACCUUUCUUUCCAUCUGCCAAACAUACCCUUAUCCCUUGGCCUUAAAACCAUCCGUCGACCGCAGCUCCCCCGGCGAUCCUGUCCGAUUACUGCGAAGCUAUGCGCAUCAUGGCGCGGCGAACCGCUCUUAUAUUUUUGAUGAACUCGCUAAGCUUCUUCUACGUGGAGUCCUCCCCCCGGAGUGGAUGGCAACCAAGCAGUGGACCAGUUGGAUGGCUCGAGCGACUAUAUCGUUUUCUAAAGGGGAUGUGGACUCGGCCGCGGCCUCGCGACUUAUAGAGGCAGUGCUCGUCUCAGCCAGCGGCGCCCUUUCGUCGAUUAGCACCACAAACCCCAUUCAGAGACAUUCAAGCAAGUCACGAGCUGCCCGUAGUCAAGGGAAACUCACGCGGGCUUCUUUCACGGUGUCUGCCGACGACCCUGAAUUGAAGCGCGCUUGCCCCGUACCAGUGGAAGAUGCCCUCAGCAACCAUGUCAUGAGUCUUAUGGCAGCAGUAUGUGGUAUGCACAUUUCUCGGUCUCGCGAAGCCAAUGCCAUCGAUUGUGUGGAUGGAACGCCAGCAAGUCAUAUCAUCAGCUAUCUUUCCUUUGUCGUGGAGCGUGACAUAGCGUUGCGACCACUCUCUCGUCAUCCCGAAAUAACAUCCCAUGAGCUAUCACGGCGUGGUUGCAUUGUGGUGGCCCAUUGUCUUUUGAAAUGCAACGAUGCAGUUUUAUCGGGCAACACACAAUAUGAAAUAGCGCCAACACCCAGUCUGGAUGAAUGUUCACAAACAUUGGCCUCUCGCCCCGACUUGAUCAAGGAACUGGUCUUGUUCAUGAGACAAGCGUUCCGCUACUUUGGGGGCACAAAAGACAGCGAACAAGCUCACACGGGCAGAGAGAUCCGGCGCAUGGUCUCGCGGCUUCCUCGCAUGACCGAUGCAUCUGGCCUGUCGGCGCUUCUUGGUCGAAUCGCCGCGGAAUCCGCCAUGGAGUUUGCAGAGGGCACGGGCGAUCCCGAUGAUCAUGUGUGGGCGGUCGAAAUUCAGGAAACAGUGGUUGCAGUUCAGAACGAGAGGGAACCAGGCCAGCAGUCUAUGAAUGAUCUGGAGGACCCCGGCCGGGAGCGAGGCUUGUAUCGCUGGGAGGAGAGUAUUGGUGAAUGGGUCGCCCGUACACCGGCACUCAAGACAAAGACAGUGCCUGUGAAUUGGGUCCGAGGGCGUGUCUCCAUGACCCCGGAGUCGUCGCCAUGCAUCGCAUGCUCUACGGACAGCAGCUCGCCCGGCUCGGAUCGUUUUGAACAGCCAGCGUCGAGCCUGACGUCGCCCCCCUCAUCAGUAGCCACAAAGCGGACGAUGGAGGAUCCCGAUCCCUCGCCUCCACGGCCAGCCAAACGACGACGCCGAGCAUCCGUGGUGAUUGAAAGUGACGGGGAUAGAAGUGGAUCUUUGCCUGCCAGCACUGGCCCGAGAUCCACGCCUGUGGAGUCCGUCUAUUCACGCCGUCGCAUUCUGCGGGAAAUGUCGAAUCCCAAUAUAUCGAGCACGGCUCCCAAGCGGACGAGGUCCGGAGCCAAGAUCGAGGUGGUCGUUAUCAACAAAAAAGAGACCGAUUCGACCGUUGAGGCUCGUGCACGGCCUGCUCCGGAGCCUGUCGAGAAGCAAGUUCAUCGUAUGGUCGAGCGGCGUCGGCCUGGUCGUCCUCCAGUCUCAGCUCCUCCCAUGACCGUUGCACCCUCAAAUACACCGCGCCGGCCUAUCAUUCCCUCCUUCGAGGGCGAGGACAGCGACGACGAGCUCAGUUUCAUGUGA